GAUUUUCUUGUACAAUGUCUAAUAUUCAUGGAGUAGAUCAUCAUAUGUCUUGAUAAAGUGAACUCUAUCAACUCUAAAUCAACAUGAACAAUACCGAUAUUUUUCCACAAAUCAAGAUAGAACGACCGUUAUACCAAAAGGAUCAACUUAGAGAACAGCUUCGAUAUGAAGAUACCAAAAAAAAUUUAUUAUCCCACUGUUGCGGUGAGAAACUACGUUUCAAGAGAAUAAUCACUAAAGCAGUGCCAUCGAUACGAUGGUUAGGGAAUUACGAUUGGAAAGGAGAUGCAACUUCAGAUCUGAUAGCUGGGAUAACGUGCGCUAUCAUGCACAUACCACAAGGAAUGGCAUACGCUUUAUUAGGGAACGUACCUCCAGUAGUUGGAAUAUAUAUGGCUGUAUUCCCUGUUCUGGUCUACGUUAUUUUUGGAACAUCUAGGCAUAAUUCUAUGGGUACGUUUUCCAUAGCCUGUUUGAUGACAGGUAAAGCAGUCCUGGAACACAGCGAUCCAGCCUACUUCAAAGACCUAGACGUCCUUGAAGCUUCCAGUAAUACCACUGAUGUGUCAACUGGAUACACGCCAAUCCAAGUAGCUACUACGGUAACCUUUGUAGCAGCAGUGGUUCAGUUGGCUAUGUAUUUUUUGCGACUGGGUGCUGCUAGUGCUCUUCUCUCUGACAUGCUGGUUAAUGCAUUCACUGCUGGUGCAGCGGUCCAAGUGGUGAGCACUCAAAUCAAGGAUCUCUUGGGCAUAUCUCUUCCUAGAUACAAAGGAUAUUUCGCUCUAGUCUAUACUGUAAUUGAUAUAAUAAAAAAUCUGGAGAAAGCCAACCAUGUAGCCAUAUUGAUAUCGGUCAUCGCAAUACUGAUUUUGUGCAUCAACAAUGAGAUACUGAAGCCAAUUGUGGCCAAAAGGACUUCAAUUCCCAUACCCAUCGAACUGGUCGCUGUUGUUUCUGGAACGUUGAUUUCUCAGUAUUUCUUCCUGAGCGAAAACUAUGGCAUCAAAGCAAUUGGAGAUAUACCUACAGGGUUACCAGAACCCGCUCUCCCGCCAUUGUCUCUGUUCAAGGAUGUUUUUUUGGACGGAACCGCUACCGCCAUAGUCUCGUAUGUCACGUCUCUUUCUUUAGCAAUGAUGUGGGCCCAAAAAGUUGACUACGAAGUAGAUGCCAAUCAAGAACUCCUAGCGAUGGGAGCCUCAAAUAUCGUUGGAUCCCUGUUCUCUUGUAUGCCAGUAUGUGCAUCAUUGUCCAGAUCAAUGAUACAGCUUGUCGUGGGAGGAAAGACACAGCUGGUCUCGAUUAUUGCCAGUGUUAUUUUAGUGGGCAUACUUCUAUGGUUGGGUCCAUUCUUCGAACCACUACCAAGGUGCGUUCUGGCUAGCGUGAUAGUAGUAUCUCUCAAAGGUAUGCUGAUGCAAGUCAAAGAUAUCAAGAAGUUCUGGAAGCUCAGUAAGCUAGAUGCGGCUGUGUGGAUAAUGACCUUCUUUACCGUCGUCCUAGUUGGAAUGGAUGUGGGAUUGCUGGUCGGAGUGGCCAUGUCUCUGAUAUCCAUUUUCAUCUUCAGCUUCAAACCUUACACUUGUCUGUUGGGCUCUGUGCCCCAUACCGAUCUCUAUUUGGAUAUCACCAAGUAUAAAGGGGCAAAGGAGAUUGAUGGAAUGAAAUUGUUCCAUUAUAGUGGAGGAUUGAACUUCGCAACCAAGAAUAUUUUUAGAGACGAGCUUUAUAAAUUAGUUGACCUGAACCCACAAAAAGAGCAUAUCAAUAGGAAAAAGCUCGAAGCUACACAGAAGAAGUUGGAAAAUAGUACGAAGACGUUUAACGAGAAGAAGUUGGUUAAACUUAGUGGGAAAAUAAACAUGACACUCAAAUGCGUCAUCAUGGACUUUUCCUCAUUGAGUUAUAUUGAUCCUUCAGGAGUUUCAAUGCUACAGAAUGUGAUAGAAAGUUUCAGGAAAUUGAAUGUUUCCUUCUACAUCGCUGGGUGUUCUGAUCGCGUUUAUGAUACAAUGGUAAAAUGUGACCUGGUAGGUAAUGGUUCAGAGGCUAUCAAGAUAUUCCCAAGUAUACAUGAUGCUGUAGAGUGUGUCUCAUUCAUCUUAGGAAUUCAUUCUGCAGUUGAAGACGGUAUAUCCAGAAUCACGUAAUUCUGAUGGCAUCUCAAUUUCAAUUGCAUUCUUUGAUGAGGAUCAAUCCUGCCAGUUACUCAGAAAGGGACAAAUAGCUCUAGACAGUUAUAACGAAGAAAUAAUAAUCUGUGAUCUAAUAAAAUUUUUAAGU